AUGAAGGCCUCGCUUUGCCUUGUGGCCUCCAGUGCCAUCCUUGCCCUGGCAGGACCUCUUGAGAAACGGGCGAUCCACACAGAGUUUGUCACCGACAUUGUCUAUGUCACCGUUACCGAAGAUUCUGAGCCAACAUCUUCUGCCAUUCCCGAGUCAAGUGCACCGACGAUGACGUCUUCCGUGCAGUCUCCUGUUUCGACUACAACACAGCCGGCCCAAGAGACCAGUGCAGCGUCCGCACAGCCAAAUGUCCCGGUUGAGAGCAACAUCAAGAAGCAGCAGUCCAGCAACACCUCCAAAGGUUCAAAGGCUUCCAACACUUUUGAGAAUACAGCCGUUUACCACCACAACAUCCAUCGUGAGAACAACUCGGCUAGUGCCCUCGAGUGGGACAGCACGUAUGCAGGCUACGCUGAGAAGACUGGCAAAUCCUGCAAGUUUGAGCAUGACCUGUCUCCCGGUGGCGGCGGCUACGGCCAGAACCUAGCCAUGUGGGGAUCAAGCAACGACGCCGAGAAGCUUGGCGCUAACACCGCCAUGGCGCAAGCCAUUACCAACAUGUGGUACAACGGCGAAAUCAAUCUCUAUCCUUCCGAGAACUACGGCCUUGAUAACCCUGUUUCGGGCCAGUUCGAGAAGUAUGGUCACUACACACAGCUGGUCUGGGCCGGCACUAAGAAGGUCGGGUGUCAUGCCCAGUUCUGCCCCAAGGGUACCAUGUUCAAAGAUAUGGGCGCUUGGUUCAGCGUCUGCAACUACUACCCUGCAGGCAACAUGGGUGGCGAAUACGGUAAGAACGUUUUGAGACCCCAGAACAAGCAAACUAUCUCGGCUUGA